CAAGAACCAACAAACAGACAAAGGUCGUAGGUUCUGCUUCUUUCCUGCCAAGCACACAGACACACUUCUAGCCCACGUGAUUUGGGUUUGGGUCACUGGUGAGUGAUGGGUGUGGAGGUGGAACCAGGAAAGGGGAAACCUCCAAAAAGAGCGUCCUAAAAUCCAAGCAGGCAAGAGGCAAAACCCCUUCAGUCACUCGUAGCACUUCCCUCCUAAGUCACUCACGUUCUGUGUUUGUGUCGUUGUAAGCUAAAAAGGUUGUGACUUUGUAUAGAUAAAAGUGUACAGAGUGAAGAAAAAGGAAAAAGCAAAGCAUCUGUAGCGAGCAGUGCUUUGGAGGAGCUUAUUGAGAGCUGGGUGGAAGAGAUAAAAAGAAAUGCAGCAACAUCUCAUGCAGAUGCAACCCAUGAUGGCAGCUUACAACCCCAACAACGUCACCACAGAUCACAUCCAACAGUAUUUGGAUGAGAACAAGUCUUUGAUUCUGAAGAUUCUUGAGAACCAGAACUCUGGAAAAUUGAGUGAAUGUGCAGAGAACCAGGCAAGGCUUCAACGGAACCUUAUGUAUUUGGCUGCCAUUGCUGAUUCCCAACCUCAACCUCCUACCAUGCAUACUCAGUUUCCUCCAAAUACUGUCAUGCAGCCAGGUGCACACUACAUGCAACACCAGCAGGCCCAGCAGAUGACACCGCAGUCACUCAUGGCUGCUCGAUCCUCCAUAUUGUAUGCCCAGCAGCCAUUGUCAGCAUUGCAGCAACAGCAAGCUUUGCAUAGUCAACUUGGCAUGAGCUCUAGUGCAAAUAGUGGACUUCACAUGCUGCAUAAUGAUGCUGGUGUGGGAGGCAAUGGGGCACUUGGGCCUGGAGGCUUUCCUGAUUUUGGCCGCAGUGCCUCUGGGGAAGGUUUGCAUGCAGCGAGCAGAGGAGUGACCAUUGCAAGUAAGCAAGAUGUGGCAGGUCCAGGUUCUGCUGAUGGGAGAGGUGGCAAUCCUGGUCAAGGUGGAGAUGGCAGCGAACCUCUGUAUCUUAAAGGUGCUGAAGAUGAGGGAAACUGAAAGGUGGGUAUGGGAGCCUGCUUGUUAGCAUCCGAAUCGAGUUAGGGGUGUGUCAGCAUAAAUCUUGUUGGCCAGUGGACAUGGAUAGUGAUUUUAAUGUUAAUGUUGGUGAUGACCGUAGGACAUUCACUUAAAACUUGGUCUUCUUAUAGUAUGGGACGUGCAUCUUGCAUUGGUAUAUCCUGUAAAUCUGUAGGUUGUUGAUGGAAUUAUGGUAAGCUCUGAUUUUACGGCUCAUCUGGAUUCUAUGCA